CUUUGACAGAGUUAGAUUUAAUUGUGUCUGUUGUUGGUGGUAGUUUCUCCUGCUAGAUGGCUAUGUAAGGCUCGUUUUAAUGUGGUGCAGCCUCUACUGUCGGGAAUAGGGAAUACACGAGACGGGGGUGUUUCUGUGGCUACCACACAUUCUCACUUGACACAGUUGAAGACUCCUUCACAGAGACAGUGAAUGUAAGUAAAACUGAAAUAACAUAAAUAAAUUACUCUCUCACUCUCUCUGUCUCUCUCUCUCUCUCUCUCUCUUAUCAUCUCUAUAAUAAGCAAAUGACUGCGUUCAAGCUGUGUGAAGGUAACGACAGAAAAAAGGGAUGUGGAAUCUUGAAAUAAAUAGACAUGUCAAUAAAAGAUUAACGUUUCGGCUAAGAGACUUCCUCAGCAGACAGGACAAAUGAAGUUUUUACAAAUACUUUCUAUUUUUGUAUUUCUUUUUCUCUAAUACGGAAUACGAUGUUUUAAACCAUUUUGUUAUCAAAUAUUGAUAUUGCAACAUUCAUUCCUUUCUCAAGAACAACACCAAAAAAAAAAGGAAUUACGUUUCAGGUGAUCACGUGAACAUGAAUGACAGGAAGUCGUUCAACCACUGGUUAAUUUUUUUACUACCUCUGUUCUUGUCUGAAGUUGAAGGUAGGUACACAUGUUAAGAUUACAUUUUGAGUCAUUUCAUUGUUUCGGUUAAAUUAGUUAGUAAUCGAAUACAUAUUUAUAUGUCCAGAUUAGUUUUAAACCCAGGAAGGGGAGGAAGGGCGAAGCUGGUUAGGGGUCGUCCAUUAAUUAUGUCAACAAAAGGUGGAGGGGAGGGGGUUUGGAAACGUUUGACGAAUGUUGACAAGGGGGAGUGGGGGUAGAUUAUUUGACGUCAUCAAUCAAGUUUUCUUUAUUAAAAUUUUAAUCUUAAAAAUUUACUGGUUUAUUACAUUAUCUUAACAAAUUUAAUGAGUAUAAAUUAAAAUAGUCAUAUCAUAUUUAGGCUUUUAACAAUAUAAGAUUUAUUUAAUAUGUGUAUGUAUGUUCACUGCUGGUUAGAAGGUUAGCACGCUUAGUUAAUCCAAGACAUGUCACAAGUUGUCUUCUCUUCGACUGUAGCUUCUUUUUGCUGCAAAUGAUUAGGUCAGUAAGUUUACGGAACAAGGACAAGGUUCAAGGGUCAUGCGUGGUCAAUAUAAAUAGAAUUUAUCGAUUAGGAAUACGAUAUUUUGAGAAUUAGUGGAUAGUAAAGCAAGUAACAAUAAUAACAUCGCUGCUUGAACGUAUUUGCAAAAUCUGUAGCAUCUAUUUUGCAUCACAAGUCAUGUUGAAAUAGCAAGUUCAACAGCACCGCCAAUGCAUCAGAAAUUACCACCUAAUCGUCAAAAAAAAAAAAAAGGAUUCGCCUAAUGCAAGCAGCUGCCAGGAGACAGAGAGAGCUCAUGGCAGUUAUUUCUCACACUGACAAUGCUUUUAAUUUAAGUGCUGAAUGGUUAGAUGAGGAUGAAGUUGACUUGCCUGGUGCAUCAGUUCCGCAGCCACACCUGGCUACUCACUGUGAAGAUGAAAGCAGCUAGAAACUAUGCCACAAUUAUCAGCUUUACUGACCAUAAUCAUAGUUAGCUCAACAAACAAUAGUAUUUAGUCUUUAACAACCUUUUCAUUUAUAUUUGUAUGUAUGGCAUCUUUCCGUCUGCGAGAGAUGAUAGAUUAUCUUUUUUGCUUGCAGCUCUUUGGCUAGUGAGACCAAUCCUCGAGUGGCAGUGCCUGUUGCAUUUCCCACACACGAAUGCGGUGGAGCAAUGCUUAAUGGCCUUCCUAUUCGCUCUUUUUGCAGCUGUAUUUAUAUUGCAUUAUACAAUUUAAGUGCCACAAAUUUUAACUUUGAUUAUUACAAGUUAUAAUGAAUUUAUAUAUUUAUUUACCUUAUAAUUCGAUUUUGGGGUGUGGGGGUAGACAGAUGUUGACAUAAUUAAUUGGGAGGGUCACUAUAUUUUUGACAGUUGUUGGCAACGGCCGGGGAGGGGGGGGGUAAUAAUUGCUAAAAAAUUGUUGACGUAAUUAAUGGACGGCCCCUUAGGACUUCGGUGCCUAAUUAAAGGUGCGCGAAAAAAUAUAUGUUGAUGCUAAUGGCUAUUGUACGUAAAAGUAUAUACAAUUUUCGCAAUGUUUUGGAAAAAAAAAUACCAACAAAACUCAGUAAGUGCUCCAAGAUCAGCUAUUUUUAAAUGCUUAAAUAGGUUGUACCAAAUAAACACUGAGCCCAGUUAGAACUUUUCCUCAUCCAACGACAACAAUUUCUAAAGCUGCUUAAGAAAAAAAUAUACUUAUUUGAUUAGUAAAAAUUUACAUUUGUUUUUAUUGGUCGAUAUAAACACAUAGGAGAAUGAUGUGUAUAUACCGUGUUUAUUUGGAAAAUGAUGCGUUUAUACAGUGUUUAUGGGUAAAUGAUUCGGUUAUACAGUGUUUCUAUUAUUUAGUAAAGAUAUUAUAAUGAUUAGCAAUGCUUGCAACCUAUGAAUGGUUUUAAGGAGUUUAACUUUAUAUAUUCUUGUUGCUAUUAGUCUUUUCUAAAACCCAUGCGCUUCUUUACUAUAGAGCAUUUUGUAAAGGCGAAACUUUCACUGGCAAGGUACACCCAAGACCUAAUUACUGAUAGUAUGUACCAAAAAAUAAAUUCCAAGAAGCACUAUAUCUACUCGGAUGUAAUAUGUUCAGACUUGAAAAUUGGAUUUGAUACUAGUCUAUACAGCAGUAUACCUACAAGGAUGUAGCUUCUUCAGGCUAGAUUGCUGGUUUUGAUAUUAAUCUAUACAACAAGAUGCCACCGGAGACACUGCCACAACACAAACAGCCACCAGACAGACUGCCACCAGACAUAUUGUCAAAAAAAAAAAAGGUUUAAAAGAACAGAAUGCAACCAAGACAGUUUGCCAUUAGACCCCCCCUCCCCCCCCCCCAAAAAAAAAACGAAAAAAAACCUUAGAAAUUGCUCCAGGAAUGGCUUUUUUUUCUCAUAAUUUUUUUUUAUUUUUAAAAACAUUUCUUUCUUUAAUAUUUUGAAAUGUUUAAAAAGCUUUUAAAAAAUUAAGGCUAAACCUCAUUAAUUAUUUUCCUAACACAACGACACAAAUGUAUCAAUCUUAUGAAGAAAAAAAAUAUAUAUUUAUUGCGUAAGUCAACAUUUACAUGUAUAUUUCAAGGACAAUAUGAACGUACAGGAAAAUGAAGCAUUUAACCAUUGUUUAAUGGAAAAAAUGCAUUUAUACAGUUUAUGCAAAAUUUCGCGUUUAUACAGUGUUCAAAAAAAAUAAAAAAGAUAUUAUAAUAAUGAGCAGUGCUUUCAAACUAUGUCAUGGUGAAAAGGAGUUAAACCUUGUAUAUUCUUGCAUGCUAGUAGAUUGGUAUAAAACCAAUGCAAUAAUUUACUAAAGGACAUUUUGGACUGGUGAAACUUUCACUGGCAUGGUACACUAUAGACCUAAUUACUGAUAGGAUGUAAAAAAAAACAUUCUACGAAUCAGUGAGUCUAUUCGGAUGUAAUGUCUUCAGGCUUGAAUGCUGUCUUUGAUACUAGUCUAUGCAAAAGUGUGCCUACAGGGAUGUAGCAUCUUAAGGCUUGAUUGCUGGCCUUUAUAUAAGUCUGUACUAGAGCCUGACCGAAUUUCGGCUUCUCCUUCUGUUUCGACGCUGAAAGUUGCAAUUAGAUCAUUUUGUCCAAGUUUUAGUUUCGACUGAAACAGAAAAGUUAACUUUCGGCUUAAUUUCGGCUUCGGACGAAACAGAAAACUUAAUUUUCGUAUUAAUUUUAUUUUCAGCAGAAAGUGCUUGAGACUUUUGGCCAUCUGGCCGAAAUUGUUUGGGGUUUUUGGUCAUCUACCAGAAGUCACACUGUCUGCUUGUCCCUUGGCUGUCAAUCCUAUAUUCCUUUUUGCUCGACGCCUUGCGGCCAUCGUAUGUUAUAUGACUAAUACUCUGCGAAAACUGCCCACAGCUGCAUGAUGACCUACUUUUAAUUUAUUUCCAAAAAUUAAAUUUCAUUUAAGCCUAGUCUAGUUUUUGAAGAAAAAAAGAUAAGAAAGUGAAAUAGUUAUAUAAUUAUUUUUGUUUUUUUAUUUUAAAAAAUAAAAUUUGGAAACCUAGGUUAAUUAAAUUCUAAUGUAAAAUGAGCAAAACGGAGUAGGGUGUAAAUCAGAAAAAAGAAACGCAACAAAACAACGAACGUGUCGGCAGAAAGCAUUCGACAGUGAAAAAAACAACAGAAAAAGCGGUAUAAAAGUAAAAAUAAGAAAUAGCACUUAGCUUGGAAGUAGUAUUCGUGGGCAGUCAAUUCAAUUCAUUUAUUUGUAAUAUUCGUUUUGAUUUAUCACUUUCAUGCUCUUAAAUGUACAUAGGCAAAGGUGAAUAAUAUUGAAUAAUCCUAUGGAAUGGUAACAUCGCCAUUAUUAUUUUUGCUUUAUUUUUUUACAAAAAUUAAGGAAACGUAGGAUUUUUCAACUGAUUCACUUCUUGAAAUUCAGCAUUAUCAUGCUGGUAGACUUUCUUUUUGACGAAAUAACACGCGUUUGCAAGCCAACGGGCUCGUGUAAUAAUUAUGUAAUAGGUCUUCUAGCGAUUUCUUUACUUUUAGGAUUUUGGCGACCAAUUUAGACGUCUUUUGCGAUUUUUCGCCGACACCGUAAAAACAUCAAUUUUAAGAGACCCGUUCAAAAAAUUAUUCCUCCCUCCCACCGAUGUGAGGUGAGGGAGGUUGGUCACCGAACGAAAUAAUUAAGCCACCAGCAUGGAAAGACUAGUGUGUUUGUACUAGGCUAAAUCUUAAUAUAAGACAUCGUUUCAGCUACUUAUGAAAACACAAAGCAUUAGAAUGACGAUAGCCGUAAAACGUUGGGUUUCAUAGUUUUAUCGCAUUAAUAUCUUAUAUUUAAAUGACAUAUGGCUCUAUGAGAGACACAAGAAUUUUUGUAGGUAUAUCUUGUCGGUUGCAUUUAUAUUAUAAAAACAAAGGGUCUCUUUUGCAUGAAUUCCCGCCGCACCCAUGUCCUAUUUUUCUCUUACCAUACUUUUUUUAAACUACAUUUUAAAGAAAUUCCUUUUAAAUUAAAAUGUUAAAAGCCAAAGUGUGCAAAAGAUGUUUGUAUAUUAAUAUUCACGAUGAUCUCAUUUUUUACGCUACGGUUUCGGUCAAAAGUCUCGUUAGGCUUUUGGUUUCGGCUUUGGUUUAAGCCGAAAGUCAUUUUUUAACUUUCGGCCAUGUUUUGGUUUAAGUUGAAAUUGGAAAACCGCUUUCGGUCCGUCUCUAUUCUUGACAGCAUUAUGUCUACCAGGACGUAGCUCCUUGAGGCUUGAUUGCUGUCUUUGAUACUAGUAUUUACAGAGCGUGAGUGAAACUAAGUAUAGGAAAACUUGAGGCAAAGGAACGCAACAAAACAACGAACGUAUAGACAAGAAUCCUUCUUUAGUUAAAACAGCAGUAUGCUUACUGGGAUGUAACAAUUUCAGAGUGGCAUGCUUGCCUCCGUUCUUAUCAAUACAGCAGUAUGCCUACUGGGAUGCAACAAUUUCAGAAUUGCAUGCUUGCCUACGUCCUAACCAAUACAGCAGUAUGCCUACUGGGAUGUAACAAUUUCAGAAUUGCAUGCUUGCCUGCGUCGGAACCAAUACAGCAGUAUGCCUACUGGGAUGUAACAAUUGCAGAGUUGAGUUGCAUGCUUGUCUCCGUUGUUAUCAAUACAGCAGUAUGCCUACUGGGAUAUAACAAUUUCAGAGUUGCAUGCUUACCUCCGUCCUAAUCAGUACAGCACUAUGCCUCCUGGUAAUUUUUCUCUAACAUUGUUUUAUGUUUUUAAAAAUCUUAUCCACUAGGUCGCAGAUGUAAAAAUGGUUUCAGUGGCCGUUAUUGUGAAUACCAGUGUCGAUGUAAACAGGGAUGUAGCCAUAAUGCAUCGUGUGCAACAAACGCACAGUGUGUUAAAGAAGAUGAUGAUAUAUCAGGCCCACCGUGCGGUUUCCGUAAGAUGUUUUGUGUUAUCUAGUUGUUUAAUUGUGGAAAAAAAAUAGGUAAAUGCCGGAAAUAUAAUUUUAAGAUGAGAUAUCUAGUUUUUUUUUUUUAUAGCAUAUUUAGUUGUAGCAUUGGAUAUAUACUUGUAACAUUGGAUAUCUAGCUGUUUUAAUGAGAUUUUUUAAAUUUGUGAAAUGUAAUACCUAGUUGGAAAAUAUGCAGGGGAGUCACUAGUGGGGGGAGGAUGAGCUGCGGGCCAUCAUAGACGGUGACACGAAAUGGAACAUUGGCAAUUUGACAUAGCUCACCCGUGUCAGUGUCAUAACAUUUCUAAAUUAAAUACACUGUACGCAGACAGACAGAUUGACUCUACAUUUACUGACAGACUACCACAACCACAAUAGUGUAACAAGACAAAUCUGCAACCAGACAGUAUCUACCUGACAAGUUGAACUUCAUCUCUGCUUCAUCAGGCGCUUGCAUUCAUCUACAUCUCAAAAGCAAACCAGCAACAUUUUCGGGGACUUGAUACGAUUUUUAGUUCAGCGUAAAACACACAUUCACAGCAAAGCUCUAUUAUUGGAACACUGUCCUGUACAUUUUGAAUGUUCGCCCUUGUUGCUAUUUAAUGUCCAUAGGAACAAUAUUAUUUAAUAGUGGUUUAUCAUUCUGUAUAAACGAUCUAGUUUUAAUGAUUUUUUAUUAAUUUUCUUCACCUUUGUCCUUGUAGGAGAGCAAGGUUAAGGAUAGUUGUGGCAACGCUAGGUGGUAGCCCUGAUGUUAUUGUAAUCCAGUUUGUAUCCCAUUGUUGACAUUUCAGUGUGUCAACCAGGAAUUUGGGGUGCCACUUGUGUGGAACUCUGCCACUGGGAAUGCCUGGGUUUCACGUGCGAAAGGGUGUCUGGUUGGUGUGAUCAAGGAUGUAAGCCCGGAUAUGUUCCACCCACUUGUACUGAGGGUAAGAGAUACGAUAAUAUUCCACCUACUUUUUUAUGAGGGUAAGUGUGAAGAUCAUAUUCCAUCUGCUUUAUUCUGAGGGUAAUAGGUAACGUCAUUUUCUCACUACUUUUUCUGAGGGUAAGGGACAAGAUCAUAUUCCAUCUGCUUCAUUCUUAGGGUAAUAGAGAAAAUCAUAUUCCACCUACUUUUUCUGAGGGUAAGGCAGAAGAUCACAUUCCAUCUGAUUUUUCUGAGGGUAAGAGGGAAGAUCAUACUUUAAUAAAUCUGUUCUUUUUUCACGCUUGCAUUCCUUUUGAUUUUCUCCUAAACAUUUUUUUUUUAGAAAUCUCUGUCUCAGCAAGAGCUAUGACUGAGUGUUUAAAUUACUUUGAAGACAAUUGCAUCACAUUCACAAAUGUUCUGGUACUUUGAAGACAUUCGCACCACAUUUCCCAGAUGGCCUGAAUAUGUAUUUAUAUAUAUAUAUAUGAAGAAUAUCGUUUUUUAAAGCCAUUAAAAGUUGUUUUUAUUUGUUUGUAUGUUUGUUUGUUUGUUUUCUGUUUGGACAGAAUUUCAGGGGGUGGGCAAACGAUGUCUUUUUUUCUUCUUCGUGUGAUGUCGUUAUUAUGUUACUGCAUCCAACAGCACCAAUGGACAGUAGUGUCUGAAGCAGGGGGGGGGUGGAGGUGGUGGUCUUCUCCGACGGCGAUAAUCCUAGCUACGCCACUGCCAACGACCGUCAUUUGAUAUGUUAACUUUUGCCAGUGUUUGAAUUAUUUUAAUAUUAUUAAUCUCCAAAGAUACUUUUUUUCCCCCGCAUUUUACAGUUUGUUCGCGCGGUUUCUAUGGUAACGGCUGUUCCAAGAAAUGCCCAGAUGGCUGUGCCGACGGAAGUUGUCAUCACGUGACUGGAGUUUGUUUUAAAUGCCAAGUUGGUUAUAAUGGGAAACUUUGUGACCAAGGUAGAUUUUGGCAGAAUUUUGGGCGUUAGAAGAAGUUAUUUAGAUUUGUGGCCCUGCACUGCGUAGCAUGAGCAUAAUGUUACCACAUGAAGUGAGCUGAUGGUGGUUUGAUCUACUCUAGUAAUGCUGAUGGUGGUUUGAUCUACUCUAGUAAUGCUGAUGAAGGUUUGAUCUGCUGUAGUGAUGCUGGGGAUGUUUUGAUCUACUCUAGUGAUGCUGGUGAUGGUUUGAUCUACUCUAGUGUUUCUGAUGAUGAUUUGAUGUACUCUAGUAAUGCUGAUAAAGGUUUGAUCUACUCUGGUGAUGCUGGUGAUGGUUUGAUCUACUCUAGUGAUAUAUUCUCCAGAUUACAACCCAUCCAAAUGUGUCAAUGUUUGAAGACCGGAAACUUAAGAUACAUUUGAAUUCUUCAUGAUUAUCUAAUCCCUUGCGUAGUAAUUCCAAAAUAUAUGAAGUUAAAAUUUCGAAUGAAGAAAAAACAUUGCCACCAAACGUAUAAAGUAUUCAUAUUUAUAAUGGGAAUAAAACAUACUUUUGUAUGUAAUGGAUUGUUUAUCAAAAAUUUGCACGUCGUGCCAAAAUGAGAAGGCUUUCUCCCGAGUUAAAAAAAAAUUUAAAAACGUAUAAAUAUAUACGUCUAUAUAAUAAAUUGCUUUAAGUGAAAAGUUUGUUUUAUUUUCUUUAUUUUUAUAUAGUGAUGAUAUGUAAAGAACAAAUUCUCAUUCUAAAAAUAUAUCAUUAUCUCUUUCAAAUUUUCAAUGCUUAGAUCAUUUUUCCUGCUGCCGUUAUACAAACGAUUGUUGUUUUAUUUAGAAUGUGGCCACGGUCAGUGGGGCCUCCACUGUUCCAGCUCGUGUAGCAGCCUGUGUUUAAAGAAAUGGUGCAACCACGUGACUGGUCAGUGUGUCAAGGGGUGUGUGCCAGGAUACCAGCCACCAAAAUGCGUCGAGGGUAGGAAAAUAAAAACCUUUCAGUUUUGAUAAGAGUAGAUGCAUUGCGCAGCAUUAAGAAACAAUAUACUCACAGUCACACAGCUGUCAUUUAUGACGAUAAAAUAGUUUAAAUAUAUUUAGUGGAGCUAUAUUGACUGUUGUUGUUUGUUGGUUGGUUCAUAGCUUGUCCCUACGGUUACUAUGGUAACAACUGCUCCAAAUCCUGUCCACCCGGAUGUUCAGAAGAAGGUUGCCAGGCCGAGAACGGUGACUGCUACACUUGUAUUUCUGGUUACCAAGGUGACCAUUGCGAAAAAGGUACAGUUGUUAGCUCACUAUCAUCAUAAUUUGACUGUAUGUUUCACAUCAUUCACUUUUGUCACAUUUUGUUUUACAUCAUUGACUUUGGUCACAUUUUGUUUUACAACAUUCAUUUAGGUCACAUUUUCUUUAACAUCUUCAAUUGGUCACAUUUUGUUUCACGUUUGUUUUGAUUUCAUAUCCUUAGUUCUCGAUUUGUUCCAUAUCAUUUUGCAUAGUGAUCUUUAUUGGGACAUCAUGUUGUGUGAUGGUUUUGUUCUGCUUUGAAAUCCUACCAAAGUGUAUUGGAACGUAAGAUCUAAGUGUUCAACUAGUUCAUGUGAGUGGGGCAAUGGGGAAAUCAUUUUAUCCUCAUAAAUAUUGGAGAAAAGUGAAAAGCUGUUUCGUGUUGAAUGGGGCAACACCAUCAUCAUAGAGAAAGGUGCAGACAGUGGCGUAAACUGGGAAAUGUCACCUCAGGCAGCAUUUUGGGCCAGCUGAGGUGUUAUUAGUUGGAUACACUGAGAAAGACAUUAGAGGAAGAGCUGCCAUCGUAUUAGUGGGAUACACUGGGAAAGACACUGAGGGAGAGCUGCCAUCGUAUUAGUGGGAUACACUGAGAAAGACACUGAGGGAGAGCUGCCAUCUUAUUAGUGGGAUACACUGGGAAAGACACUGAGGGAGAGCUGCCAUCUUAUUAGUGGGAUACACUGAUAAAGACACUGAGGGAGAGCUGCCAUCGUAUUAGUGGGAUACACUGAGAAAGACACUGAGCGAGAGCUGCCAUCGUAUUAGUGGGAUACACUGAGAAAGACACUGAGGGAGAGCUGCCAUCGUAUUAGUGGGAUACACUGAGAAAGAAACUGAGGGCGAGCUGCCAUCGUAUUAGUGGGAUACACUGAGAAAGACACUGAGGGAGAGCUGACAUCGUAUUAGUGGGAUACACUGAGAAAGACACUGAGGGAGACCUGCCAUUGUAUUAGUGGGAUACACUGAGAAAGACACUGAGGGAGACCUGCCAUCGUAUUAGUGGGAUACACUGGGAAAGACACUGAGGGAGAGCUGACAUCGUAUUAGUGGGAUACACUGAGAAAGACACUGAGGGAGAGCUGACAUCGUAUUAGUGGGAUACACUGAUAAAGACACCGAGGGAGAGCUGCCAUCGUAUUAGUGGGAUACACUGAGAAAGACACUGAGGGAGACCUGCCAUCCUAUUAGUGGGAUACACUGAGAAAGACACUGAGGGAGAGCUGCCAUCGUAUUAGUGGGAUACACUGAGAAAGAAACUGAGGGAGACCUGCCAUCCUAUUAGUGGAAUACACUGAGAAAGACACUGAGGGAGACCUGCCAUCCUAUUAGGGGGAUACACUGAGAAAGACACUGAGGAACGGGGUAUGCCCUAAUUGUGGUGCUACAGAAUGAUGAAGAUAUUUUUUAAAAACCCAUUUGCAAUCAUGCAUUUGAAACCAGAAUGUAUUCGUGUUUUUUUUAAAGCUCUAAGGAAAUUUAAUUCUGACCACAAAACUCCCAAACACACACCCAUCCCCUACACACACGCAUCCAUAAACAAACAUGCAACCCGCCACUACCCCCCCCCCCAACCAACAAUACAAACUUCAAGUGGCUUUUAAUCAAAGUGAAGUAUAAGGAAAUAUGUAACUGGAAGGACUAUGUUGUUUCAGAGUGUGCUAACGGCCAUUGGGGCCUCAAAUGUUCCAACUCGUGCAGCGAUCUGUGUUUGAAUGGCUCUUGUAACCACGUGAGUGGUCAGUGUGACCUAGGCUGUGUGCCUGGAUACCAGUCGCCAAACUGCGAUGAAGGUAAUCAAAUAAAAAGAACUUCAUAUUUUCAUUUACUUAAAGCGCAGGUGCUUUGAGCUGGUGUUAGGGUUAAAAUGCUCAAUAAACGUGUGUUUUUUUUCCUUAUCAAAAGUAUUUUGAUUGAGUUUUAAUACCCGUACCUUGCCGUAAUAACUUUUUCAAUACAUUGUUAAUAGAAGAAAAAAAAAACAUGUUAAAAAUCAAUCUAAAUACACGGUGACGGCUGAGUUGUCCAACGAUAAAUUUCUAACAACGACUCCUAAGUAGGAAUAUAAAACUCGUUAAAAUACAUAGAGUAUCACACUCAGUUUGUGUUUUUGUUGUUUAUCUGUUUUUUUUUUUUGUUAGGUUUGGUUAUUUUGGUAUUUUUGUUUGUUGUUGUUGUUGUGAAACGUAAGUAAUUCGUUAGUACGAAACUUAAUUCAUUUGAAAAAAAAAUAAUUAGAUUUAAAAAAUAAUUAAAUAAAAAUUAGCCAACUUUGUACUGGCAGCGCCGUGACACUUGAAAGUAGAAAAAAAAAACACACACACAACUUGAUGACGUCACUUAAAUUAAUGAUAAAAUGGAUCGAGCGAUAUAAGUGAAGUGGAAAACUCUCUAUAUUUUUGUGACCCAUGAUAGAAAAAUUAGCUUUCGUGAUAGUUUUAAGUCUCCUCUUUCUAUUUCACUUAACUUUAAGACUUCACACACAUGACAGAAAGCUAAUUGUUCCUACUGUCCACAGUAGGCUGAUUAUUCAGACUGGAAUCGGUACGCUAAUUGUUCAGACUUCCUACAGUAGGCUUAUUGUUCUUACCGUCCACAGUAGGCUAAUUGAUCAUACUGUCCACAAUAAGCUAAUUGUUCAUGCUGCCCAAAGUAAGCUAAUUGAUCCUACUGUCCACAGUAGGCUAACUGAUCAUACUGCCUCAAGUAGGCUAAUUGUUCAUACUGUCCACAGUAGGCUAAUUGUUCUUAUUGUGAAAAUGCACAAUAGGAAAAAGAAUUUCGAUGUUUAUUGUUUGUUUUUAAAAACAGCUUCAGCUGUGUUCCCGGUUACCAGGGCGACACGUGUAACACGGGUAAGUUUGUUUGUUUAUGUCGUCAUCCGGGUGAUCCAAUCGACCAGCUCACAUUUUAAUUUGGCUUGUAUUUCUUCGGUAUCGAAUCCAUAUUUUGUUUGGUUGUUUAUAUAAGAUAGCUUUUUUAAACCAAGAGUUCUUGGCGGGGGGGGGGAGCCAAGGGCGGAGAAAGAACCAGAAAAUCAGAUUUAGUUGCAUUUUUUAACAUAAGCUGCAGCAGAUUGUUUAUGGUGAAAUGUGUGGUCGCAUUAUUUGUACUAGCGCAUUGUGUUUUUACAUGGUGUUAAUUAAAGAAGGAAAUAUGAAACAUAGCAUAGCCAUUAAAUCACGACCACUGCCUGAAUCUAAACAUUCAACUUGUUGGAACCAUUCUGGGUUAGUAAAAAGUGUUAAGACUUAAGACGUCGCCUUCAUUUUAAUUUCAGAAUGCGACCACGGCCGGUGGGGCAUCAACUGCUCAAACUCGUGCCACGCGCUGUGCUUGAAUCGCUCUUGCGAUCACGUGACUGGUCAGUGUGUUAACGGCUGCGAACCGGGAUACCAGUCAUCGAACUGUACCGAAGGUGAGAGAUUAAAUGAANGAGAGAGAAUAAAUAAAAAUAAUAAUAUGUCAAUAACAUAAAAAUAGCGGAAACAUAUAUAUAUAUAUAUAUAUAUAUAUAUAUAUAUAUAUAUAUAUAUGGCACCAAUUUUUUUUACCCACCAUUUCUGAAUUGUUCAUUUCUUUUAGGGAUGUCGAACCAUACCGACUAACUCAACAAACUUAGACUAACGAACCCAAUUAUAACAAAUAAACAUUGAAAUGUUCAAAAUAUAUUUUUCUGUAAUUUUGUAGAUAAGGCAGGAGAGGACAAUGGAGAAAGAGAUCGUGUUAGUACAUAAAUAAAUACAUAUUUGGGUGGGUGGAGGGAUCGAUGGAUGGAGGGAUGGAAGGAUGGACGGAUAGACAGACAGAUAGAGAUAAAGAUAGAUAGAAAGACAGACCGAUAGACAGACAGAUAGACAGACAGACAGGUAGACAGACAGAUUAGACAGACAGAUAGACAGACAGAUAGACAGACAGAUAGACAGACAGAUAGACAGACAGAUAGACAGACAGAUAGACAGACAGAUAGACAGACAGAUAGACAGACAGAUAGACAGACAGAUAGACAGACAGAUAGACAGACAGAUAGACAGACAGAUAGACAGACAGAUAGACAGACAGAUAGACAGACAGAUAGACAGACAGAUAGACAGACAUAUAGACAGACAGAUAGACAGACAGAUAGACAGACAGAUAGACAGACAGAUAGACAGACAGAUAGACAGACAGAUAGACAGACAGAUAGACAGACAGAUAGACAGACAGAUAGACAGACAUAUAUACAGACAGAUAGACAGACAGACAGACAGAUAGACAGAUAGACAGACAGAUAGACAGACAGACAGAUAGACAGACAGAUAGACAGCCAGAUAGACAGACAGACAGAUAGACAGACAGAUAGACAGAUAGAUAGAUUAACAGAUUGAAAGUUUAACAGGCAGAAAGAUAGAUAGAUAGACAGAUAUGUGAACAGAUUGAAAGAUUGACAGGCAGAAAGAUAGAUAGAAAGACAUAUAUUUAGAGAUAUUGAUAGACAGGCGGACGGACGUCUGGGUGGAUGGAUGGAAAAUAGUCUUUAUUGGAAAGAGAAUGAGCCAUAUCAUCACAUGUUUGUAUCUUUUUAAAAAUCACAGUGCACAUAUUACAAAGUUAAUUAAGCAGAUUGGUCUGAGGUCAGAUUGAAUGCAGGGACUACAAGCAGACAACAAGGAAGAUAAAAGUAGCCGCUCCCAGGGACAAGCUACUCUAUUUCAUUGAAAUGUAAACAUACCCCUUAUAUCAUGUUUUAUCAUACAUCUGGCGCUGGUCAUAAUUUUUGUUAAUGAUAUAUUCACUACCUAAUGGAGUACUUAGUUUUAAUGCUGAUAGAUACACAAUCUAUUGGAGUAGAUAGUGUUAGUGCUGAUGGAUACACAUCCUAGUGGCGUUGCCAGCAUUAGAGCUGAUAGAUACACUAACUAGUGUAAUAUCCAAUGUUAGUGCUACUCUAGACUCUGCCAGGACUUAUGCCACGUUCCCAUUAACGAUACAAACCUCUGCAUUUAUCAUUAAAUACUUCUUCUCCAUCUAUUCAAAAAAUUGACAUCUGGGCUGAGGCUGACCACCCAACCCGCCUCACUUGCAGAGGCGUGUCUACAGUGUUUGGCGCCGAGGGACAUUGAUCCAUUUUCACGCCCCCCCCCCCCCGGCCGGGGGCGUUUUUCUAAAAAAUACACAGGGUUCUUCGUCUAGAAUUUUGUAACUUCCGUUUACGGCCGUCUGCAUUUUUUUUUUGACUAAAGAAUACAUUUUAAGUAGCCUAAGGGCAUUUAUCCAUUUUCCCCCCCCCCCCCCCCCGGCCGGGGGAGUUUUUCUAAAAGAUACACAGGUUUCUUCGUCUAGAAUUUAGUAACUUCCGUUUACGGCCGUCUGCAUUUUUUUGAUGACUAAAGAAUACAUUUUAAGUAGCCUAAGGAUUCUUCUUUUCAGAAUGCGAUUUUGGUCAUUGGGGUCAGAACUGUAGUAAGUCAUGUGACCAGAGGUGUUUAAGCAAAUCUUGUGACCAUGUGACAGGACAAUGUGACAAGGGCUGUGUAGCCGGCCACCACUCGCCGUAUUGUACUGAAGGUAAGGCACCAUUUUCUUUUUUUCUUUCAAAACCUGCACACAGGGGUAAUUUCUUGUAAAAGUGCUCUGAAACAGUGGUUCUCAACAUUGGGAUUUAUGGACAUCGUGACAUGGUACUUAACUAGAGAAUAUCUCUCCUUUUUCGUGGGAGGGAGAGGGAGAGAGAUGAUGAACCUAAAAAUAAUAUGAAGUGGAAGGAUUUGUGAAAUGCGAUGUAAAAUUAUGUUUUAAAUGACACUACUUAGAAAGCUAUGGAUACAAAAUUACCAAUAAGUCCUUGGAGUAGAAUGCUACAAAUGUAUUUUUAUCCAAUUAUUACAGCUUCCAAUUACAAUUAUUCGCAGAGUGCCCAGAUGGUUACUAUGGCAACCACUGCUCUUCAACGUGCCCGGAGAUGUGUUCAGAUCGUGACUGUGACCACGUGACCGGUCAAUGCAUAACAUGUGCUCCUGGUUACCAAGGUGAUUUCUGUAAUUUGAGUAAGUUAAAAUAUUUAUUUUUUUUGAAGUGUAAAAAGAACUGUAUAAAUAGUAGCUAGAGUGGUCAUAAAUAUAAGUGCUUAAAUGUUGUUUGAAUUAGUCAUAACUAGAGAUGUUUAAAUGGUGGCGGAAAUGGUCAUAACUAAAAGUCUUUAAAUAGACCUGAAAAUAUAACUAGAAGGGUUUAAAUGGAGGGCUGAAAUGGUCAUAAAUAGAAGUGUUUAAAUGGUGGCUGAAAUGGUCAUAAAUAGAAGUGUUUAAAUGGUCGCUGAAAUGGUCAUAACUAGAAGUGUUUAAAUCAGGUGUCUCAAACUCGCGGCCCGCAGGCCAUUUGCGGCCCGCAAGACGAUAUUUUGCGGCCCCCAAGAGGACAGAAUUGUUUAGUGUUAAUGCGGCCCGCGCGUUUUCGACAAUUCUCUGAUCUACAAAGUGACCCUCCGCGACGAUUUUAGUCGACUCUCACACAUGAUUGUCAUUCUUAUUUUAUUAUGUUUGUAUAGGUUUGGGCCUUGAUUUUAAUGGCAAAAACCGUUUUAAAGUCGGACUUAUUUGAGUUUUAUUUAUAGCAUUUUAUUAGGAAAACGUGGCCAAAGUGCGUUUUUGAGAAAAGUUUUAAAAGUUAGUUAGCGUGUAAUGCACAACAAUAAUUGUGUAAAUCGCUGCAAUCUGAUAUAUUAUCAAAGAAUCCUUAUUAAAAUUGUAGCUAGUAUGCGCGAGUGAGGGAAAUUCCGAGGCUUUCAGCUUAGUCACUUUUGAAAUAGGGUUAGUCAAAAAGGCCUUUACUACGAUCAAAAAUCCACAUUCAUUCCCCCUGAAAUUGCAUCUUCCUUCGCAUCAACAAUUCAUAAAUAUUGUCUGCUCUUGCCUACUGUUUAAACACAUUUUAGAAUUUAAAGCCUUCAUUAAGUUGGGUGAAGUUUUUUUCCUGUCAUAUGUGAUCCCAAAUGGCUCAGGGACUUGGCUUUUUUUAUUGGAAUUACACAUGAGCUGAAAGUACUCAAAAGGAGUAACAAGACCAGGGGUAGCUUUUUAGUUUUGCCAAUUACAAUGUCAGGGCAUUCUGCACAAAACGUGUGUUAUGGUUCUUAAAGAAACAUCUUCCAUUUCCCAACAUGCAGAGUACUCAUGGACUCGGGUAUACCAUUCAGAUGUAAGUAUAAUGAUGCCAUUGCAAAGCUACAGGAAGAAUGUGAUCACAUGUUUUUAGACUUCAAAAACCACAAAGUCACUUUCAACUUUUUGCUGAAUUUUUCUCAUUAACGUGGUAGGUGGCUCCCCACCUCAUUUUUCUUAAAAUGCGCUUCAGAUGUAGCUGGUUGAUUUUUAAAGCAAUUCUGAACUCAAGGCUAAAUUCGGGGAGAUGAAUAGAAAAACAGACAAGCGUGAAAAAUUUAUGAAAACAUUGUUCUCCAUCUUCCCUGAGAUUUCCAGGUUGUUCAAGCGGAUGAAAUGCCUUUUUUGGAGUACCUAUCUGCGUGAUUAGCUCUUUUCCACCAUGAACUUUAACAUGCCAAAGUUCAGGGCCAAACUUACUGAUGAGCAUUUUCAAGGUAUUCUGAGGGUCUCAUUUGCUUCCACAGUCAAGCCAAAUGUUGCUUACCUGUGUAAAAAGAAGCUCUGCCAGCUCUCUGGCAACAAGGAUUUGGAGGAAGAAAGUGAAGCCUAGUUCUUGAGAACCCUAAAUGUUCUAUUUUCUAUUAAUAAAGGUUGAGCAAAUUGUAACAGCUGUACUUUAUUGAAUUUUUUUUUUCUGUCGAAUACUUGGUGCGGCCAGCCUCACUCAAAAGCUUUUUUUCCUGCGGCCCCCGGAUGAUUUGAGUUUGACACCCCUGGUUCAAGUACUCGCUGAAAUGGUCACAACUCUAAGUGUUUAACUGGCGGCUGAAAUGAUCAUAACUAGAAAUUUUUAAAUGGUGGCUUAAAUUGUCAUAAAUAGAAGUUAUUAAAAUGUGUUUGAAAUGGUCAUAACUACAAAUGUUUAAAUGGCGACUGAAAUGGUCAUAAUUAGAAGUGUUUAAAUGGUCAUUGAAAUGGUAAUUACUGGAUGUGUUUAACUGGCGGCUUAAUGUUCAUAAAUAGAAGUGUUUAAAAGGUGGCUGAAAUUAUUAUAUUUUUCAAAAAAAAACAUGCCGGGAUCCAUAGUGUAUGAUAAGACCAGAAAAUUCAACCAUUUUAUUUUUUAAUAUACAACAAUUUUGAGUUAAAUUGGAAAAAUUUAUUCGUUCAAAUAACAAUGUUUUUCAUCUAUAUUUGUGAGUCUUUACAAUGGUAACAUAUUGGGUAUCCCAUUAAGGGAGAAAUUUGAGAGCGUCCUCCCAAUGGUCACAUGUUGGGGUUUUACAUCUAUGGAGACAUUUGAAGGUGCCCUCACAAUGGUCACAUGUUGGGGUAUCUCAUUAAAGGAGAUAUUUGGAGAUAUCCUCAAAGUGUUUCCAUCGUCCUGAUAGCCUCACUCCCAUAAUAGAGAGAAAGAGAUAGAAAGAGUGAGAGAGAAAGUGAGAGAGGUGCAUAGAGUGAUAGUGACAGAAAGAGGGAGAGAUAAAGAGGAAUGUAAACAAAGAAAAUGAGAGAGAAAAAGAUAAUGGAAAAGAAAGAGGGAUAAAAAGCGAGAGAGAGAGAAAUGGAGAAAGAUAAACAGAGUGAUAAAAAGAGAGGUAGUGAGUGAGAAAUUGAGAGAGAAAGAGUAAGAACGAGAGAGAGAGAGAGACAAAGAGAGAAAGAAGGAUACAAAGAGAGGGAGAGAAAGAGAGAGAGAAAUGGGGAGAGAGGGAAUAUUGUGUGUGUAAAUUACUUUUUAUUUUCACUUUCAGCAUGUGGACACGGUAUGUGGGGACUCAACUGUUUCAGCUCCUGUCAUACUCUCUGUGUGAAUGGAUCCUGUCAUCAUGUCACUGGUCAGUGUGACAUUGCUUGUGAGUUUGGCAACCAGUCAUCCAAAUGUACGCAAGGUAAAAAAAAAAAUGAAAAUUAUCACAGAAAGAGAAUUUUAUGCAUUUUUACAAAUUGCAAUUAAAGCAAUACUGCUACCAACAGUGGAGGUUCCUAUUCAACAGUCAGAUGGUGUCGAGGGUAAUUACUGUUAAAAUAAUACUGCAAACCGCACUAUCCAGCAGGAAGACGAUGAACGAAACGCAUGAGAGGAAAUGUUGUUUGUUUCUCUGAGAGGGGCAAUGUUGAUGCCAUAUGAUACAAUCUGAGGAAAUGGCAAAAUUUGAACUCUAAGCUUGAAAGAAUUGGGAAACUGUUUCUGCUGGGGGGGGGGGGGUCGAAAAAAUUGAUCAUGCGCCUUACGUCACUGUUCUAAGUUUUUGACGAAUUCAUCGCCAACUAAAGGCAGAGAACACUAUGUUUACAUUUUUUAUUACAGACGUUGUUUUUAUUACAGCUGUUUAUGUUAUGUUAUCGGGCUGUCAUUGCCCAUUCCAACUGCUGCUACACACGAUGUUGUAAUGUCUCUCAAUAUUCAUAUCUCUCACAUUUGUCGCUCUCCAUACACCGCUAUCCGUCAGUUCAGCUCUAUCUACGACUACUUCGCAUUUAGCGCAACAAACACUCUAGUCACUGCUAUUUUUCUAUUUCGUCUUUACUAUUGUAACUCUCUUCUGUCAGGUUCACCAAAAAACUUCAUAGAAUAACUAUAAAAGGUUCAAAAGUCAGCAGCUAGGUUAGCUCUAAAGGUAAAAAUCAUGUGAUCACGCCACUCCACUCACUCCAUUGGUUCCCUUUAAAAACACGUAUUGACUACAUACUCUCUGUUCCUGCCACAAAUUUUUCUCCGAUUCCUGCCCUGCCUAUCUCAACGCACUUCUUUCUGUCUAUUCAACCCUUCGACAGCUUCAUACCUCCGCAGACACGCGUAUUCUUUCAGAUCCUAAAACAUACUGGGAAUGAUCUUUCUCUUUCUGUAGCCCUAAACUAUGGAAUUCUGCCCCACUAUCCAUCCGCAAUAUACCAUCCCUCCAAGCGUUCAAAACUGCUGUCAAGACCCAGCUCUUCAAACUCUACUAUCCCGACUGAUUCCCACCCCCUCUGACCGAUAAACGAUGCUGCUGGCUGCCGUCCAUGGCUUGACUUGUCAAUAUUUCUCUGAUGGGCGGGUCUGAAUAUAUAUGUAUAUUUUAGUUUUUACAUAGCUGUAUGUCAUUUUUUUAAUGUUAUGAUUAUGUUUGCUAAUAUUUAUAUGUGCACAGCGGUGAGCCCAGCCGUAGGCUCAGGUACCGCGCUAUUCUAGACCACUGGAAUAAUAAUAAUGUUUUGCUUAAAAUGUCAAUAGUUCCCGGAUGGGCGGGAUGAAUAUUUAUAUUAUGUAGUUUGUAGUGUUGCGUUUGUUUUAAAUGUGGUAAAUUAUAGAUUUGUCUUUUGUUGACUUUGUACCGCGCUUCGAGCCUUUGGGGAUGAAGCGUGUUUUUGAAAUGAACUUUAUUAUUAUUAUUUUAUUUUUAUUAUUUAGUUUUUACACAGCUGUAUGUAAUUUUUUAAUGCCAUGAUUAUGUUUACUAAAAUGUAUGUGUGCAAGCGGUGAGCCCAACCCUAGGCUGUGGUAACGCGCUAUACAAGACCACUAUAAUAAUAAUAAUAAUAAUGUAUUCAACAAUCUUUCCCUUCACAGUCCAAAAAUCCACCUUUGAACUUGUGAAAACCGGAAGCACUUGUUCGACGAUUGGUAUAAGCUUGACGUCCGUGACCUUAGCGGUUGCCCUACUCACCACCAUUGUCGUUUUCAUGUACAGAAGGAAACGGAAAACGUUCCAGUCGGAUAGCUCGACCACUGAGCCGUGUUCGAAUGUCCUCUUCAUGGUCGACGACGCUGAUGUGUCAGGAGAGAUGACGACCUCAGACAGAGGGCCUCUGAUUGACCAGCCCAAUUAAAUGUUCUUACAGUUGUUCACCGAGGCAGGUCAUGUGAUCAAAAUCAAAUGAUGUUUUCAUUUGGUGUGUUCGCUUUGUUUUUUGUUGUUGUUGUUUUUUUUGUGUGUGUUUUUUUUUUGUCAACAAUUUCAUAAUUCCCCAUUAAACAUAUAAAUACCUGUUUGAACUUUAUCGAUCUGAAUCGAUUUUAAUUUUGUAAACAUUUUAACUUUUGUAUUUACUCAAAUGCCAAUAUCGCUCUCGUAAAUUAAAUUCCAGUUUUGUGGUAGCUCAUAUACCACUAUCACCAUCAAAAAUUAAUUUUCAUUAUAUUUUUCUUCUCACCUUCAACGUGAUGUAUUCCAUUUAUUAUUUUAGAUAAAUAUUUAUUCAAACUAUAAACGUUGUAAAUUACCUUUUGUUGUAUGUCAAAUGCCAAAUAUUACCAUAAUGAAUUUUUUUUUCGCUCUAAGUUAGUUGUACACAUAAUGAAAGUAUCAAUUCACCAUUACUUUAGCAUGUUGCAUGAACCGCAUUUGAUACGGAUUACUUUUGUAGCUCAAUUGUAGGUUUUAGUUAGGAGUAUCUUUUAGUUAGGAAAUAGGAAAUAAGUUUUACAAAUAUACUAAAAUACAAUCACAUAUAUAUAACAAUAAAGCAUUUUAAUGCGAGAAAGAAAGAAAGAAAAAUUGGCGAUAUUGUUUGUGAAAUUGUAAACUUAAUCAAGCGAGUAACGUCUUUGCACAUACUUUUUUUUUUUAAUAUACCAUUUCCAACACAUAUAAGCCUUGCUUUUUUUCCUUUUUUAUGGAAUCUAUUUUUUUUCCAAUAAUUUAUUUAAUAACAUACUUUUAAGCGCACAAGAAACGCAUGAGUUUUCUACAACUUCAAGAAACCUUGACCUAUCACUUCUCAUCAGCCGUCCACACGAGUCACACCGGUCACAUGAGGUGAUCUCCACCAUUUAAUUUGAGUUUUGGAUAACGUUUUAAACACGUUCUGACUCCACUGGAAAGUGGAUUGGUGACGGAACAUUCCCGACCUUGUGUCCAGAGAACUUUUACUUUAAAAAAACAAUUGCAUUACAAAACAUCAUUUGUUAACCAAUCAAACAUCGGGUGAUGGAACCAUUAAGAUAUUGCCAAUAAGUGUAUUUGUGUGCUUUGGCGUUUACCCCCCCCCCUUUUUUUUUUGAUGUGAAAGUGGGAUAAUCAUAGACUUUUAGACUGAUGGAUUCAUUUAAUUUAUUUACGACAAGAAUACAACAUCUU